CGUUAUCUCUAGUGACUAUAGAAGUAAACCAAAAAAACAAUAACAAAUUAAAAAUGAUUUUCGUUCAAUCACUGGGUUGUGUUGCAUUUCUUAUGCUGUACUUUGCUUUGGAAGCUCACACUUGCCCAUGCCAACGCAAAUCAGACUGUGAACAUCCACAAACUGUACCUAUCUAUGAGGAUAAAAAGGAGGUUUAUGUGUUCAGCAGAGGGGCAUCUAAUGUCCAGACCUGGAGCUGGAAUACAAUCACUGCCCUAGUUGUUCCAGAAGAGUUCAGUGUGAACAAUGAGUCCCACAGUUCGGCCAUGUGUGUGACACAUAGAAAUAAACGGAAGUUUGCUAUCACUGUUUCCAUGAAUUUGUCAGGAGAGAUUGAUUCCGUCUCGAAUGAAUCAAAGUCAUGGAUUGAUUUUGUAGUCUCCAAACAGCAGAGCUGGUAUGCUGACAUUGUGGUGGUUAAUCUAAUGCCUUAUUUUAAAUCUGAUGUAAACAGCACUAAAAAAGAUCACCAGGAGAUGGCCAUUAUAUUAAAAAGAGUUGGUACUAAGAUUAAAGAUUUGUCAAACUACUCCGCAGAGAUCAACUGUAUUAUACCCUGGAAACCGCCAUGUUCUGAGGAAGACGAUGAUCACUGUGACUUCUCUACUUUGUCAACAGAUGGGUGUGAAAAGUACAUCAUUAAUCCUGACAGCUUCACUGAUGUAGCAGGUGUUAAAUGUAGGGCCAAAGCAACUAUUCCUUUGGCUAAACUUCUAUAUGGUAUCAGUGAGUAUGUCUCCCAUCACAUUUCAUACAGCAGUAUUAUACUUGGUAUACCUUGGCAUGGCUAUGACUACUUGUGCACUGAUAUUGAGAAUGAUGUCUGUAUCAUUGGCAAGACUAAUGACUGCAAUGUGAACAGGAAGAUGAUGUCAUUGGCUGACCUAAUGUCGGACCCAAGGAAACUAAUGGAUGAAGCCAAGUACAGUGCCAUUUAUGCAGCACCAUUCUAUACUAACAAGAAUGGCUCACAUCAAAUUUGGUUUGAGAAUAAGUUGAGUUUGCUAGGUAAAUACAGAGUGGCACAUGAAAUGGACCUAAAAGGUGUUGCAGUGAUGUACGGAGAUGACCUGUCCACAAAAAUGUCUCCCAAUGCUCUGGUCAAUGAUGAGGAAGUGUGGUCCUGGCUAACACAUGAAAUCAUUUUGAGUGUUUCGAAAGAACCCAUAAGAGCAGACUUUCAUGUUGCAGAUACAGUUGCAGCUGUAGCAGUUAGCUGUUUGCUGGUAGGGACAUUUUUAGGCACUCUGUUCACCUGUCUAGCUUUGAAGAAAAGGGUCAAGAAACCACGACAACCUUUUGCGCGUGAUGGUGGGGCUAAUGUAGAUGAGUUUCUUGAUGAAGACCCUACAUUGUAAACUCUGUAACCUCUUUAGCAAGUUUUUAUUAUGUCAUACAUUCCAUUGGUGUUUCUAUUGAAAAUGUGUUUAGUUUGCAAGAUUUUUACUGUUGCUAUUAUAUUCUAACAUGAUUAUUUUUUUAAAUUAUAGUUAGUUUAAUGAAUUUUUUUUUUUUUGCAUCUUGUUUUGUUUUUUAAGGUCACAAUUCUUUUUGUUUCAUUUUUAAUAUUCCUUUUUUUUUUGUGAACCAUUAUAUCAGAUCUGAGAACCAAUCCUCAAUUGUCUACAUCUUUGUAGCAAAAAAAAAUAAAAAGGUUCAAUCUGAAUAAAAGAGGGGCAAAAAAUAAAAUAAGGUAAAAAGAACAUAUAUGAAAAUUUUCUUGAGUCAAAAUAUUUGUCAUUUAAAUUGCUUUAUUUUUUUUUUUUGACCAAGGUGCUUUCAUUUGCCAAUAUAUCAUUUGGCUUUUUCUUUAACUAGCAAAUUCCAGUAUAAUUUUAAGGUUUGUCUGCGUAACUUAAUAUUUUAUAUUAUCAUUUUUUUCUCUGUCUGUAUUAUGUUAGAUAAUAAAGAAAAGUUUAUAUGUAUAUUUUUUUUACAAAGUGGAGAGAUUAUUUUCAAGCAAAUUUUUUUAAACAAGCAUUUCAAAAUUGACCUUUAAAAGCCUUAUAAAUGAUUAAAAUAUUAAUUUGUAGAAAAAUACUGCACAAAUCAUCAGCAUCAUUACAUUAUAAUGUGUAUAAUGCUUAUAUUAAUUUCAAAAUUAAAAUAAUAUUAGCUCUAGUGUAAACUAUUUUUUGUCAAUUGCAUUGUAUUUCUGACAACAAAUACUUUAUUUGUUUAAUGAGGUCAUAUAACUUGUACUUAUUGUGAUACAAAUGUAUCAAAAACUAUAUCUUUAUUUUUAAAAACAUAUCUUUCACCAUAUAAUUAUGAGCUUAGGAUUCAAGAAUACUAAACUAAUAAUUUUUUGUUUUCAUGGGGAUAUAACUCUAUUGUCAAUAAAAGGGUUGCUAUGCUAAAAUAAUUGGUUGCAAAGAUGAGAAUUGUUUACUUCUAGCUACAAGCCAUAUUGGAAUUAGAUUUUAGUUCAAUGUAGUAGUAGAAAUACUUGCUGUAAGUGUAACACCUAUGUAUUUCUAGAUGUUACCUCAGGUUCCUGACGUAUGUAGUUUUGUGUGCUUAAAACUGUGUGAAGCUUGAGUCGUACGUAAUAUCACAACGAAGAUUAAAAUACACUGAGUAACACCAAUGUCAGCAGACAAUCAUUUUAAUGAGAAGUACAGAUAAUCAAACAAGAAUCAAUCCAGCCAUACGCUUCUAGCAGUGACACAGAAUAGAAAUGCAAUACAUGUCAUGAAAUAUCCUUUAGUGAAAGUCAUAGUAUAUCCAAUAAGCAUAGAAUGUGUCUGCUCUCUAGCAGGACUAAAUAACAACUGUCACGAUAACUAAGUUGAUAACUGAAUUAAGAACUGUCAACACAACAGAUAGUGUUCAAUUAACUGUGGCUAAAAGUUGUGAUUUUGUUAUGUUGUUUCAGUGUCCCAAACUGCUAUUACUCUUAAAUCAUCCAAUAUUUUAAAAAAUUAUCAAUAAAAAUAUUAGUACAUAAUUGAUAGAUUUAAAAUGUGUGUAUAUUAUAGGAUUGUAACUCCAGAGAGAAAUGAAUGAUGCACCAUCUAGCCCCCUCUCCCAUUUAAAUUAAAUACUGUGAUAUGCUAUUGAGUGCUAUUAAUAGAAUUGGUAACUCUUUAUAAUAAAUCCAUUUAUGAAUAUUAUGGUCUGGAAAUAACAGAUAAUUGCUGUUGUAAUAUUUACUUGAAAUUUGGUUGUGAAAAUUUCAAUACAGCUAUGUGCCUGCUAAAUCAUAGAAAUCAAAGGGCAAUAUAUUUUUUUAAUAAUAUUAUUUUGAAAUAGAGUUGUGCUUGGGCUUCAUGCUAAUAAAUCUUUUCUUUUUGGAAAAGAAAUAUUGCCCAUUGAUCCUUAUUUCAUUGUAGCAAUUAGUUGUUGUUUUUUUUUUCAAAUAUUGUAAUAAGUAAAAUUUGAUUAAAUGCAUUCAUGUUAAAGUGUUUUUUCAAUAUUUUUUUCACUAUUUCUCUAUAUUUGCAUUUCUCCUUAACAUUUUGAGCUUGUAGUUAGUAAGUAUUGUCUUAUUUAAUUGGGCUAGUAAUUAAUAAAUAUUGUCUUAUUUAAUUGGGCUUGUAAUAAGUAAAUAUUGUCUUAUUUUAUUGAGCUUGUAAUUAGUAAAUAUUUCUUAUUUGACAUGUUAGCUGCCUGAUCCUGUGGUGUACGCUUCGGAUCAUCAUCUAGAUAGUCCAGAGUUCAACCUCUGCCAGCAGCCAUCCCCAGCUGCUAGGGCAUAUUAAUCUUCAUUUAUGAAAGAGCAUCCUUCAAUAUUGCUUAAAAAAAAUAUUUAUCUUCACUGUGUGUUUUGAAAGUGAGGGCCAUGAUUUGAACCUAGGACCAUUGAAGACAGUCUAGAGCACAUAUCAUAUGACCAGGCAGCAAUCCUAUUUGUAUAAUAUAUGGUAAAUUCUCCUUAUCCUAGAAAACAGUACAUUUUUCUUGAGACUAGAACACACAAUUCUUAUUAUUUAAAAUUCUUCUUUGGUAGUUGCAAUGACAUGCUUAUUUUUAAGCAUCUUUUCAUUCCAUCAGAAUUUGGAUAAAUUCUGCAUUGAUUUGCAAGAUUUCACUUUAAAAAACAAUUGGUCAACUAAAUAGUGAAUUACCUUUAUAUAAAGUAAUUACUAUCUCUUUCAAAUAAAGUUGCUAAUAUUGUUUAAAUUAUUUAUUCUAAUAAUGAUUUUUGUUGCUAAUAUUGCCACAAAGUCGGAAAUCUAAAUGAACACAUUUCUAAGCUGUUAAAUUUCUGACUCUUUAGACGCUAUUCUAAUUGUAAAGAAGGUUUUUUUUUUGGAUAAAAAAAAAUCUGGAUUGAUAUUUGCUGUUUUUUUUUUUAAAGAAGUGUGUAUGUUUUCUUGAUCUUUACUUCAUGUUGUUAGUGGAUUGUGCUACCUUUGCAUAGAGAUCUAUAAAUCUCUUUGUUUCAUUAUGCUAAUAUUCUUAUUCCUGGUUUUGUAUUUUUAUACAAGAUUUGUUUUGUUUUAUUUUAUGAAUUUUUAUAUUUUCAUUGCUUUUAAUUCAAAACUAAGAUGGUUAAAAACAAAAUAAUUGCAAUUGCUACCCAAAACAAUGCAGUUGAUGCUUUCCACAGUGCUCUGUUUCAAAAGAAUGAAAAUGCUCAAUUUCCAUUUAAGUCUGAGAGACUUGUGUUGCUUUCAAAUAGAACAUAUUCAGCUGUGACCCUAGAUAUAUUGA